AUGUCCCGCUGGACGGGCCCGGCCGGGGCCCGCUCUCCGCCCGCCAUGGAAGCCUCGCUGUCCCCCGCCGCCCUCGACCUGAAUGCGGAGCGGGAGAAAAUCCGUCGGGAGAUAGAGGAGCUGGAACGGAGCCUGGAGCCCGGCGGCGCCAACAUCGAGAUGGCCGUGUCCGACUGCAGCCUCAGCUCCGGCACAGAUGAUGAUGAAGAUGAUGACUCAGAUUCUCCUGCUGAAAUGGAAAUGGAGAGGGAAGAUGAGAGUAGUGAUGAUGAUACUGAAAGUAGCCUGCCACAGGAUCCAGAAACAUGCCUGCAGAUGAACCACGUCUACCAGGAAGUCAUCCAGGAAAAGCUUGGGGAGGUUGAGCUUCUCAUUGCACAAAACAGAGAGCAGCAGAAGGAACUCAUGUGUGAGCUGAGUGGUCCAAAAAUAGCAAAAGCAGGAGAUGGUAGAAAUCUACCAGCAAAUAUAUUUUUGGGUCAUUUUAUGAAACCAUAUUUUAAGGAUAAAACAACAGGAAUUGGCCCUCCUUCCAAUGAAGACACCAAGGAAAAGGCAGCUCAGGGGAUAAAAUCCUUUGAGCAACUGAUUUCAACAAAAUGGAAAAGCAGGGAGAAGACACUGCUGCAGAAAUCAGUCGUGAGUGACCGCUUGCAGCGCCUGCUUCAGCCAAAGUUACUGAAGAUGAGUUACUGGAAUCAGAAACUGGAGAAAGUCAAGACUGAAACAGAGAAACAGAUCUUGGAAAAGCAAAUCAAAGAAGUGGAGAAAGAAAUAGAGGCAAUUAACAAACUCCCAGAAAGUGACUUGUUGGGAAGCAGAUUUGAUGAGCAUGACUGGGAGAAAAUUUCAAACAUCCAUUUUGAUGGACAACGUAGUUCAGAUGAGCUGAGGAAAUUUUGGCAAAAUUGGGAGCAUCCAAGCAUCAACAAAAAGGAAUGGACUGAGGAGGAAAUACAGAAGCUGAAGAAUAUAGCUUCUAAACACCACUAUCUGGACUGGCAGACAAUAGCCCAGGAGCUGGGGACAAACAGGACACCUUUCCAGUGCCUGCAGAAGUAUCAAGUCUACAACAAAGAUUUGAAAAGGAAAGAAUGGACCAGAAGUGAAGAUCAGAUGCUUUUAGAGCUUGUUCAAGAGAUGAGAGUAGGAAGUCAUAUCCCAUACAAGAAAAUUGCUUAUUACAUGGAAGGAAGAGAUUCUGCUCAGCUGAUUUAUCGAUGGACAAAGAGUGUCGACCCCAGUUUGAAGAAGGGUCCCUGGACCCCAGAGGAAGAUGCUAUGCUGUUGGCUGCAGUGAAGAAGUAUGGAGAGCGUGACUGGUACAAAAUCCGGACAGAGGUGCCGGGGAGGAGCGAUGCUCAGUGCAGAGAUCGAUACUUAAAAGCAUUGCACUAUGAUGUGAAGAAAGGAAAGUGGAGCUUAAGGGAAGAGGAGCAGCUAAUUGAACUGGUUCAGAAGCAUGGCCUGGGUCGCUGGAGUAAAAUAGCUUCUGAACUGCCACAUCGGACUGGCUCCCAGUGUCUAAGCAAGUGGAAGCUCAUGAUUGGCUCUAAGAAGAAAAAACACAGGCCAACAAAGCGUCAGCACGUGGAAGAGAGUUCCAGCUCUUCAGAAAGCAGCAGUGAAGACAUUGAACUGGACUUAUCAGACAGCUCAGAGGAGGAGACAACAAGCAAGGAGGAGAAAUCUGCGUUUCCCAGCAUUGAUUUGUGGGUACCCACACGGACAGAUACGCAGGAGUCAAACAAAGGAAGAUACCAAACUCCAUCUCUUUUCUCUCCUGUGAGUGCUGAGGCACAGAGCAGCAGCAGUGUAGUUCCAAGAGCAGCAUGUGAUGGAGACAAGGACAGCAUUGCUGGUAAAUCAUCAGAGCUAAACACCCUCCUGAGGGGCAUUGCACGGCCACAUUCAACAGAUGUCAUUGUGAAGAAUCCAGCAGAAGUCCUGAGCAAGGCUUCGAGAUGUGGGAAGCAAGUGCUGCGGGUUACCCUGGAGGAUGUGAGGAGAGUCUUGAGACAUAACACAUGCUUCCAGAGGAAACUUAUACUAAAACCUCCUGCCAGUCUAACAAAGCUGUCUGGAGGUUGCACACCUGGCCAGAAGCCUCAGGGGCUGCAGAACAUCACGGAGAAGGCUUUUCGGCAAGAGAGAGAGCGACUGAGAAGGAUGAACCUGGACAGAAAGCUUCUCAUGGCAGUGACACCUUGGGUGGGCAAUGUGCUCCUGCCCUGCACCUUGCAAACUGGGAAGCUGGCUUUUCGUCAGACAAAAGCUGAUGCUAUCCAAGAAAAGAUUAAGUCAGUUAGUCUUGUGAGCACUCCCCUCUUCACACUUCUCAUUCAGCUCUUUCAGAUUGAUACCAAUGGCUGCAUGAAGAUCAUCCGUGAGAGAAAGAUGAGGCAGGCAGAGCUGCUUCGGGCUAAUGCAAGAAGACCUCAGCAGGCUUCCCAAAAUAUGGAGACUUCUUCAGGCAAUUCAUCCCAACCUUGUACUCAGAGGAGCUCCCAAAGGGGCAUACCAAGGAACGCUGUCAGGAGACCUGUUGCCUUAAAAGUGAGGGAGUCUUCAGCUGCUGCUUCUGAGAGCAGCACUCCUGCCACACAGGGAGCUCUUCCAGCCCAAGUGCAAAGGCAGAAGCCUAAAACAGUCUCAGAAUUGCUGAGGGAGAAGCGGCUCAGGGAAUCCCGGGCUAAGAAAGCUAUGGAGAGGACAGUAUUUGUUGCUCCACAGGUGCUGGUUUCAGGGCCUCUGAUAAUCCAGAGCCCACCACAGCAGAUCAUUCCUUCUGCACAAGCAGGGAGCAAACCUGCAGCAGUUGGUUGUACAAAUAGCCAAGUACAGUGUGCACCAGCUCCACUGCCAGCAUUUACUUCUGUUGCAGGUUCAACUUCUACUACUGCUGUGCUUGAAAACCAUUCCUCAUCAGUACCAGAAACUGGGAAAAAACCUGGUUCCUUGCAAGGAACAGAAGUACAAUCCAGUAAGGAAAUACAAGAGCAAGCUUUGGAAAGUAGCGCUAAAGGAGGGGUGAAUCCAGCUGCAUCAGAGAAGCUACCAAAUCAGGGAGGGUGCAAUGGUCAGGUCCUGGCUGGUAGCUCAGCUUCAGUAGUGUUGCAAAACCAAGCUUUUGUGCCACAUCAGAUUACAGUGCUGCCUGUUGGCAUUGAUUCUGGCACCAACAAAUUGUCUCUUUCUGCACCAGUUACCUGCGAGCUGAGCAGCAAUGGUCCACAGCAGAGAGCAGUCAGCCUACUGCCUGCUAUUGUGACUCCCCAGACUGCUUCACAUUUGAUUCCCAACAGCAUCCUGCCCUUCACGUGGGUAGUGACGCCGCAGGCUUUGCUCCCCACUGCUGUACAGACUGUGGUGGGUGUUCCCCAAGGACUGCCAGCUGCUGCUGUCAGAAGUCCAAGUCAGACCGCUGUGAUUUCCAACGGCAACGUUUCAAGCUCAGCAGCGCCUCCUGUGCCAGCAGGAGUGAAUCUGCCUCAGCCCAGCAGUGCAGAGACUGAAGCACCCAGUGCCCAGUCAGCAGCAGGAGUACCUUUGGCAAGGACAGCUAACCAUGCCACAGCUGUCUUGCCUGUGACCUCAGCCAGUCCUGGAUGUGCCACAACAGCCACUGCUUCUUCUGCAGCCCCUGUGUGUUCAGGUGGCUUCUCCAAGGCUUCUGACUCCUCUGCAGCUCAGACUGCUCCUCCAGCUGAUGCACCAAGCCUGUGUGCUGUGCUGCUGCCACAACCACAGCUACCUGCCAGCACUCAAGGGAUUGAUUCCCAAGGUGCCUCGAGUCUCACUAGCUUGGGAAAGAGCCAUGACUCCAGUACCACUUCAAAUCCAAGCAUCGUCACAAAAGGGAUCAGGCUUCAGCCAGGAAAUCCAGUUCCCUGUAACAGUGUCCCAAGGAAUUCUGAUGGCUUUGCUGCACAAGCAGUGAAAAACAGACCUAUUGCCUCCAAACCUCCGAGCACGCAGCCUGCUGAUGGUCCAGCCCAGCCAACCACUUCCAGUGCAGAAAAGAAUCUGCUUGACUUCAGCCUGAUUUCCUUGGAACCUGAGGGGCUAGUGAAGGAGUGGCUGAGUGGGAAACAAGGUGUCCAGGUACCAUCACUGCAAACCAGGUUGCCUUACCUGCCACCUUUUCUGUGCAACUUAAAAACCCUCUCGAAGCUGCUUCUGCAGAAAGCAGCUCUAGAAGAGCAAGCAGCACAUCUGCUGCCUUCUGGUGCCAGUCAGGCUGAGGGCACUGGGGUUGAUUUACAGGCUAUUGGAGAACUGGUGCAGCAGAAACUCGGUGAUAACCCUGCUUACCUCCUGCUGAAAGCCAGAUUCCUAGCAGCCUUUACACUCCCAGCUGUGCUGGCAACUCUGCCUCCUCCAAAAGUCACAACAACUCUGUCCACCAGCAGGAAGCAAUAUGAAGAGAGUGAUGAAGAAGAGUGGCAGAGUGAGAAGGAAGUGCCUGAGGAAGAGAGUGAUGGGAAUGAAUCCACAGGUGAACAGUCAGAUAGGACAGCUGGUGAUGCGCCUGGAAGCAAAGACACUGAUUUACUGCAUCAGGGCUUGGGAGCUGAAGAGAAUGCUGCACAGUCUGCCUUGGCCUCCUGCACUGAUGUGGCUGAUGGCAGUGCUCCACAGAUCAGGAGAAGUGCUCGCUUCAGGAAGAGGAGGAGGAUCUGA